CCAGUCUGUAGAUGAGACAGACGGCAGGAGCGCUCGACAGAGCAGAGCGCACAGCAACCAAGCGGAGCUACGCCUUUUCUCACCGCUCAGAUUUCCAGACACACACUCCACACACAGACGGCGUAAGUGGAUGUUGCAACUGAUCACGAGAGGAAGAAAAACACUGCAUUUGAGUUGGUGUUUUUGGUGUAAAAUCGGAGCCAAAAGAAAACUCCGACCCGUUUGAUUUUGGGUUCUCAAAUCUUCAUCGUCCAGUCGAUUUGCACGACUUUUCACCGAAGGUGACUUACUGAAGGGAUUUAACAUGCUAUACUUUUGAGAGAGCAUCUUUUUUUCAAACCUUGCUCCUCCGUGGUAGUGUAGCCCCAUCCCGGGUGCUGAAGAUGGGUGCCAAAAUGAAUACACCCAAAGGGAAUACAGUAUUUUCCACUGCACUAUUAUUAUUUUUGGUUGCAAUUAUGCAGGACGUUUCUGGUAAGACUUUGAAAUAUAAAGUUUAUGAAGAGCAAAAAGUGGGCACGGUGAUUGCAAGGCUAAAGGAGGACGUGGCUGAUGUUCUGUCUAAAUUACCAAGUUCAGUGUCCUUUCGGUUCCGUGCUAUGCAGCGGGGGAGCACUCCGUUUCUGUCGGUUCGGGAGGAGGACGGUGAAAUCACCAUAGGGACCAAGAUUGACCGGGAGAAGCUUUGUGAAAAGAACCUAAACUGUUCUAUCGAAUUUGACGUUGUCACUCUGCCCACUGAAUACCUCCAGCUUUUCCACGUCGAGGUGGAAGUCUUAGAUAUAAACGAUAACUCGCCACAGUUCUCCCGUGCCAUCAUUCCCAUUGAGAUCUCCGAGAGCGCGUCUGUGGGCAACCGCAUCCCUCUGGACAGCGCCACGGACCCUGACGUGGGAGAUAACUCCCUUUCCUCUUACUCUCUGACACCGAAUAACUUUUUCAAAAUCGACAUAAGGACCAGAACCGACGGUGCCAAAUACGCAGAGCUGGUGGUGGUGAAAGAGCUGGACAGGGAGGUGCAGUCCAGCUACCAGCUGCAGCUAACGGCCUCGGACAAUGGAGUCCCCCCGAAGUCCGGCUCCACUCUGCUCAAGAUAAGCAUCUCAGACUCUAAUGACAACAGUCCGGCUUUUGAUGAGCAGGUGUACGUUAUUAAUCUCCUGGAAAACUCACCACUUGGGACUCCACUGAUUGAUUUGAACGCCACAGAUCCGGAUGAGGGCACUAACGGUAAAAUAGUUUACUCUUUCAGCAGUCAUGUCUCUCCCAAAAUACUGGAGACGUUUAAAAUGAACCCUGAAAAUGGCCAAAUUACACUGAUUAAAAAAGUGGACUAUGAAACUACGUCUUCUUAUGAGCUGGAUGUUCAGGCUCAGGACCUGGGUCCCAACUCCAUCCCAGGACUUUGUAAAAUUGUCAUCAAAGUGGUGGAUGUGAAUGACAACAAACCGGAGAUCAACAUAAAUCUGAUGACUCCUGGUAAGGAGGAAGUGGCCUACAUCUCAGAGGGCGCGCCGGUGGACACCUUCAUUGCUUUGGUGCGUGUGGACGACAGUGACGCAGGGCUCAACGGCGACGUGGUGUGCCGCCUGCACGGCCACGGGCACUUCCGGCUGCAGAAGACCUACGAGAAGAAUUACAUGAUCCUGACCAACGUGUCUCUGGACAGAGAGAAGAGGUCAGAGUACAGUUUGACUUUCAUAGCUGAGGACCGCGGCUCUCCAAGCCUUUCCACCAUCAAACACUUCACAGUGCAGGUGUUGGAUGAAAAUGAUAACCCGCCCCGCUUUGAGAAGAGUCGCUACGAGGUCUACAAGUCAGAGAACAACUCUCCCGGGGCCUACCUGAUGACAGUGGUGGCGUCUGACCCUGACCUGGGCACCAACGGUCAGGUAACCUACACAGUGGUGGACACUCUGGUCCAGGGAAGCCCCAUCUCCACCUACGUCACCAUCGACCCAUCCAACGGCGCCAUUUAUGCCCUACGGAGCUUCGACCACGAGGAUGUCAGCCGCAUCUCCUUCACCGUCCAGGCACGCGAUGGAGGGAAUACCGCCCUCUCCUCCAACGCCACCGUCCUCCUGACCGUGCUAGAUGACAACGACAAUCCGCCUGUCAUCCAGUCCCCGCUCCUACGGAACCACACCGCCGACCUCCUCCUCUGGAGACACGCCUCCGCCGGUCAGCUGGUCACAAUUGUCAAGGCCACUGACCGUGACACCGGUGCCAACAGUGAGCUGAGCUGCUCUAUUGUCGGUGGCAACGAGGAGGGCCUGUUUGUGAUGGAUGCGCGGCAGUGCGAGCUGCGGACAAACAGCAGUCUGGAGGGGGUUCCCAAGGACGUGCUGGAGAUCAGGGUGGAGGUGCAGGAUAGGGGCACCACCCGCCUGUCCACCGGGGCCCUGCUCCGCCUCUCCCUCCAGGAGAAUAUGGACUUCCUGCCCCCAGGCCUCCCCACAGGCCACAGCCAGCCCCUCCUGGACCUCUCCCUCAUCAUCAUAAUCUCCCUGGGGGCCGUGUGUGCCCUGCUGCUGGUGGUCAUGGUGAUGUUCGCCACGGCACGCUGCAACAGGGAGAAAAAGGACCCCCACAACUCGUACAACUGCAGGGUGGCUGAGAACACGUACCAGAACCACCCCAAGAAGCCCUCUAGGCAGAUCCACAAGGGAGACAUCACCCUGGUCCCCACCAUCAACGGCACCCUGCCUGUACGGGCACACCCACACUCACCUUCUGCCUCACCCGCCCCAGAGAGGGGCACCAUGGGUAGCCGGCAGAGCCACCACAGCCGCCAGUCGCUCAACAGCCUGGUCACCAUCUCCUCCAAUCACGUCGCAGAGAACUUUGCUCUGGAACUGGCCAAUGCCACGCCCCCUGUCGAAGUAAGAGGAGAGAGAGAGAGAGAGAGAGAGAGGAUGUUGAAUUUCAUGUCCUUAGUACUGUAUCAGUAGAGGGUUUAUGAAUAUGUUAUCUGCUAAUGGUAGUCUUUGAAUCACCUAAAUGCCUUUGUAUUAAAAUAGACCACCAUCAACAUAUCUAUAGAAUAAAGAAUGUUUGAGUUUUGGCUUUGCCUUAUAUUAUGGUGAUAUAGAAAUUGAACAAUGUUUACUAUUAUGAUUUUUGCAUUUUAUAUUUUAUAUUCAGUAUUUGUUCUGAAUUUGUCCACCAUGUUGUGGUAUGUUCAGUUCUAUCCAGUGAUCAUCUCAUGUUUUAGAACACGCCACGUCAUAUCAACGUUCAUCCACCUCUUGUGACCUUGUGCCUGUCUGCUCCCAUCAGUAUUCAUUUAUUCAUUUAUCCUUUCAUUCUUUUUUUUACAUUUUCUUUUUUGAUUGUAGCAAGUCUCACAGCUUCUGUCCAUGCUCCAUCAGGGCCAGUACCAGCCAAGACCCAGUUUCCGUGGCAACAAAUACACCAGGAGCUACAGGUAAUAACACCAUCUAACUGCACCUUAAAAUAAACACACCUGAAGGGAAUCAGAAUGUACAUGUGUGCAUAACUCAGUAAGGCUCUAAGGACUAUUCUACAAUACUUUACAUUUUCCUAAAAAGCUUUUGGCUGUAUUCCCUCGUAGGCCUAUAUUUGCUUUGUUCUAUUUUAGGACUCAACCUUAAUAACACUUGAUAAUUGUAUGCAAAAACCUUCGCCACUUGAGAAUUCACUGCACUUCGUUUUGAUAUGCAUAAGCCUUGAACCAUCCUCCAAUGUUGUUUUCUAUGAAAGUGUAACCAUAAUUUCCUCUCUCCGGCUCCAGGUAUGCUCUGAACGACAUGGACAAGUUUAGUCUGAAGGACAGUGGUCGUGGUGACAGUGAGGCUGGGGACAGUGACUACGAGGCGGGACGAGAGUCUCCCAUCGACAGGCUCCUGGGUGAGGCCUUUAAUGAGCUAUACCCCCAUGACGGCCAACACAGACCACAUCCACAGCAUCCGCAUGCAGGUAUACACCCCUCACCUCAUCACCCCUCUCACCCCUCUCAACUCAAAACGCUCCCCCUUCAGCCUACAACACUCUCCCCUCUACAUAUCAGACUCUUACCCUAUACCCCUGUUCUUUACUGAACUAUACCAACAAUGACUGCAUGCAGGUAUACCAUCCUCACCCCUUUCACCAUAUCACUCCUCUCACCCAUCUUAGCCCUUACCCUACACUACAGGCCUCCUCUGAGCUAUGCCCCAUCACAACACACAUUAUCACACCACCUCACCUCUCACCAGAACUAUCAAUCACCCCUCAUCCCCAACACCUCUGAGAGAUCCACUCCCCAGCUGCUUAUCAGCACGGUGACUGGGACUGGAUGGGACUGUGGAGGGAGAAAAGAGGUAGAAUUAUCACCUGUUUCUCUGAUGAGAAAAAGCUCUCAUCUCCUCCACAACACAAUUAUUUCAGAGUGCGAUCAGGCAGCCAUGCAGACAGCUGGGCAGUUCGGCAGGCAGACAGAGGCGGUUGGAGUGGGUUUUUUGACAGCUUUGAAAGGCUGUUUUUAUAAAUCAGUCUGGUUCAUCUUUUAUUUUUGCCUUUCAUCAGCGGGGGAGGCAAUAUGCUGCCGGCCUGCAUGGCUGCAGCUGCUGUUUUUCCAAUGCUCCCCAAUGCACUCUUCCUUCAUCAGCUCUAAGAUGUAUUAUAAAUGGUCUUUUCAUGGUAAUGAGAGGGUAAUGAAGUCCCUGAAUAGCAUGAGUGACUAGCCAGCGGUCUUUAAUGAAGGCUUUAACUUGGCAUAUUUGAUUUGUAUAAUUUAUUCUUCAGAGAUUUUUCAUUUGAAGAUUUAAUAUUGAAUAGACACGACUUGAAAGGGAAAAAUGCAGGUUUUUAAGCAGAUUCUUUUGAAUGAGUAAAAGUAGCCAUUGAUCUGGCCCAGUGAAUUGUCCUGAUAUGUUAAUUACAUGGUACUCCUGCAGAGUGAUGUGCUAUCUAAUUAGCUUAGAUUUCCACCUAUGUUUGUACCCAGAUCAUACAUUUGUGUUUAAAGAUGAAUGGACAUAAAAUGUUUGAUGUUAAAAGACUGUAUGAAAGACAAUCUUUCAUCUCCUCCCUUCAAAACCACUCCCAGUUCUAUACCUACUCAUCACCAUCUCCCCUCAUCACAAGUCUAUCAACAAAAGAACAGUAAUACCAAGAACAAUCUAUGGUCUGUGUAUGUAGAAAUGCAUGGCCAUAUGGGGCCCACCUACCAUGUAUUUCAUCUCCCUGUGCAGUGCCUUUUGACUCUGUAUCCCUGACCAUGUCUCUCUCCCUCUCUCGCUGUAGCGAUGAGACUGUGCACUGAGGAGUGUCGUGUCCUGGGUCACUCUGACCAGUGCUGGAUGCCUCCCCUGCCCUCCCCAGCCUCCUCUGACUACCGCAGCAACCUCUUCAUCCCAGGAGAGGACCCCCGCCAGGCCAGCGACCCCCAGGAGCCCCCCCAGCCCUCCGACCCUGCCCACCCUCAUGCCCAGCGCAACAACCAGAGCUUCUCCACCUUUGGCAAGGACAGCCAGGAGGGAGCCGAGGAGGGAGAGGGGGGAGAGGAGGGGGAGGAGGACCUGUGUGGAACCACGUCCCUGUUGUCAGAGAUGAGCAGCAUGUUCCAGAAGCUCCUCCCCCCAUCGCUGGACUCCUACGUCCAGGUCAGCGAGACCCAAAAGGGAGGGACGAGUAUGGGAGGUGUAGGUGUUCCCAUGACAGGGUCACUGGACAGGAGGAGGGGUCAUCUGCCAGGUAAGCCCAGUGCUGCCGCCCACCAGCAAGGUGUUGCAGCGUGGGCCGCCAACACCCACUUCCAGAACCCCGGAUCUAGCAUCGGGCCCUCAGGCCACCCACACCCCCAGAAUGGCAGCUACCACACCCUCAAACCCAACACCAAGCUCAGCCCCCAGAACAACCACCAGAACCAGGCCGUCACUAAAAACAGCCCUCAGAACGGACACGGCCACCCCACCCCCAAGAACAGCCCUCUCCUCACUGCCCUGGUCAGCCCCACCCUGGUGGCACCCUUCCUGGCACCGGCCCCCAUCCCUGUCCCCCUCCCGGGGCCGUGCGGUAAGUGGCUCCCAGCCAUGGAGGAAAUCCCAGAGAACUUUGAGGAGGAUGAGUUUGACUCGGUGCUGGGGCAGCUGGGACACCUGCAGGGGAAGAGGAGCGACAGCCGCCAUGAGCUGAUGGACGCCAGCGAGCUGGUGGCUGAGAUCAACAAAUUGUUACAGGACGUCCGGCAGAGCUAG